AUGCGUUCACUGCCUUACACUCUUCUUACCCCUUUCCCCUCUCUUCCGUACACCCUUCUUCCCCCGCCUUGCAUUCUCUGCCUUACACCCUGCUUCCCCCUUUCCCCUCUCUGCCUUAAGCCCUUUUUCCCCCUUUCCCUAGUCUCCCUUACCCCCUUCUUCCACGUUUCCACCCUCGGUGCCUUACACCCUGCUUCCCCUUUUCCCCUCAUUGCCUUACACCCUGCUUCCCCUUUUCCCCUCAUUGCCUUACACCCUGCUUCCCCUUUUCCCCUCAUUGCCUUACACCCUUCUUCCCCUUUUCCCCUCAUUGCCUUACACCCUUCUUCCCCUUUUCCCCUCAUUGCCUUACACCCUUCUUCCCCUUUUCCCCUCAUUGCCUUACACCCUUCUUCCCCUUUUCCCCUCAUUGCCUUACACCCUUCUUCCCCUUUUCCCCUCAUUGCCUUACACCCUUCUUCCCCUUUUCCCCUCAUUGCCUUACACCCUUCUUCCCCUUUUCCCCUCAUUGCCUUACACCCUUCUUCCCCUUUUCCCCUCAUUGCCUUACACCCUUCUUCCCCUUUUCCCCUCAUUGCCUUACACCCUUCUUCCCCUUUUCCCCUCAUUGCCUUACACCCUUCUUCCCCUUUUCCCCUCAUUGCCUUACACCCUUCUUCCCCUUUUCCCCUCAUUGCCUUACACCCUUCUUCCCCUUUUCCCCUCAUUGCCUUACACCCUUCUUCCCCUUUUCCCCUCAUUGCCUUACACCCUUCUUCCCCUUUUCCCCUCAUUGCCUUACACCCUUCUUCCCCUUUUCCCCUCAUUGCCUUACACCCUUCUUCCCCUUUUCCCCUCAUUGCCUUACACCCUUCUUCCGCUUUUCCCCUCAUUGCCUUACACCCUUCUUCCCCUUUUCCCCUCAUUGCCUUACACCCUUCUUCCCCUUUUCCCCUCAUUGCCUUACACCCUUCUUCCCCUUUUCCCCUCAUUGCCUUACACCCUUCUUCCCCUUUUCCCCUCAUUGCCUUACACCCUUCUUCCCCUUUUCCCCUCAUUGCCUUACACCCUUCUUCCCCUUUUCCCCUCAUUGCCUUACACCCUUCUUCCCCUUUUCCCCUCAUUGCCUUACACCCUUCUUCCCCUUUUCCCCUCAUUGCCUUACACCCUUCUUCCCCUUUUCCCCUCGUUGCCUUACACCCUUCUUCCCCUUUUCCCCUCAUUGCCUUACACCCUUCUUCCCCUUUUCCCCUCAUUGCCUUACACCCUUCUUCCCCUUUUCCCCUCAUUGCCUUACACCCUUCUUCCCCUUUUCCCCUCAUUGCCUUACACCCUUCUUCCCCUUUUCCCCUCAUUGCCUUACACCCUUCUUCCCCUUUUCCCCUCAUUGCCUUACACCCUUCUUCCCCUUUUCCCCUCAUUGCCUUACACCCUUCUUCCCCUUUUCCCCUCAUUGCCUUACACCCUUCUUCCCCUUUUCCCCUCAUUGCCUUACACCCUUCUUCCCCUUUUCCUCUCAUUGCCUUACACCCUUCUUCCCCUUUUCCCCUCAUUGCCUUACACCCUUCUUCCCCUUUUCCCCUCAUUGCCUUACACCCUUCUUCCCCUUUUCCCCUCAUUGCCUUACACCCUUCUUCCCCUUUUCCCCUCAUUGCCUUACACCCUUCUUCCCCUUUUCCCCUCAUUGCCUUACACCCUUCUUCCCCUUUUCCCCUCAUUGCCUUACACCCUUCUUCCCCUUUUCCCCUCAUUGCCUUACACCCUUCUUCCCCUUUUCCCCUCAUUGCCUUACACCCUUCUUCCCCUUUUCCCCUCAUUGCCUUACACCCUUCUUCCCCUUUUCCCCUCAUUGCCUUACACCCUUCUUCCCCUUUUCCCCUCAUUGCCUUACACCCUUCUUCCCCUUUUCCCCUCAUUGCCUUACACCCUUCUUCCCCUUUUCCCCUGUCUCCCUUACCCCCUUCUUCCGCCUUUCCACCCUCUCUGCCUUACCCCCUUCUUCCGCCUUUCCACUCUCUCUUCCUUACACCCUUCUUCCCCUCUUUCUCCUCUUCCUUCCACCCUUCUUCCCCCUUUCCGCCCUCUGCGGCUCGCCCUGCUCCUGCCUUUCUCCUUCCUGCCCCUCUGCGCCUUCAUCCCAGGUGCGCCCUCCCCUCUGCACCUUCAUCCCAGCUGGCGUGCAAACGUGACGACCACCUCUAUAAGGCCGUGGAGUUAGACGUCGUUGGUGACAGACAGUAG